AGCGGUCUCCUAUCACUAUUUCUGUUUCCCCACCAGCAGCCAAUCCCGUGGCUCGUUCAAAACCUUGCGGUUUUUCGCCGAGUUCUCUCGUGUGGGGUACGAUGUGGCUCCUUGGGUGCGCGAUAGAGUGAGAUAGACAGCAAGGAAGAGGUCCCACUAGAUCGGUCAGAAGCUCAGUCGCCUUUCACGGGUACGGUCGGUUAGGGCGGUGUUGUGUUGUCGCGAAUGAAUUUAUAAUGUGAGCAUCGGUUACCGAAAUUCCAUUCGUAGGUAGCGUACGAAACGGGUUCGUGUUAUUGACGCGCCGGGAACCGGAUCUCCCGACUGGUUCGUACGGAAAUCGUGAUCGUGUUCGUCGGAAGGCUGGUCGAAAGUCGUGCACACCGGCGACUGUACGCGUGGUGGUUAACGUCAGGUAAAGUUUCGUUCGAUCGCGGGAAUUCCACGGGAACGAACGGAUACGUCCAGUGGGAUAAAAUCAGUGCUUUAAAAGGACUGGGUAUUUCCGGUUUCCAAGCGUCGCGCUGUUGUCGGUGUGUUUACGCCUUUGAGGGAACAUUUUUUACGCGCGCGCCCCGGACACUCGGCGAAAGGGUAGUGCGAUUCGUAAUUGGAAACUAAAACGUAUUCGGCACCGAUACGAACCGUCUUGCCUUCUCGCCGCGACAAGUAAACGUUAUGACUCCAUAACUUCGUCACGUUGAAACACAGCUCGAAGAUGACCGAUCGACACGCGGAACGAGCCGCUAUUCGUUGCCGGUGGACACAGUGCCAAACCAUGGGAUCACGAACUGACACGAGGGUCCAUUCAAUUCAGAUGUUUUCAACGAGAUUUUCCAAGAAGUUGGCAACACUGCUGGCGGUUUGUCUUUUGGCCACAUGCGUCGGCGCUAACAAUGUAAACGAACCACCAAUCCUGGAGGGUGGGGGAUAUCCCGCAGGUCUGCCGCUGUCAGAAUCAACGAAAGUUGGUACGGAAGUUUUUGUCCUCAAGGGCCACGAUCCCGAAGGAUCGCCGGUGAAAUAUGGUAUACAGCUAACGGACCACUUCGUCGUAAAUCCACGCACCGGCGUUAUAACGUUGGCCAAACCCUUGAAUCGUGAGGAAAACGAUACGAUACGCUUCCGCAUCACGUUGGAAGAUGAAGUACCGACUGGUCAGCAGCCAAACAUCGUCGGCGUUGAUGCGUACGUCAUAGUCCUCGACGAGAACGAUAAUCCUCCGCGGUUCCUGGGUGUGCCAUACGAGGCUGUGGCCGCAGAGGACCUUCCAGUAGGCUCAACGAUCCUUCCGGGUAUCAGAGUGAUGGACCCGGACCUGUUAGGUGACACCAUAGACCUGACCUGCGUCCCCCAGCCACAGUUUCUCGACGCCUGCGAGAAGUUCAGUAUAGUGAACGUGGAGAGAAGUCAGAACGCGUACGUGGGUGCGUUGGUGCUGCAGCAGCCACUCGACUACAGGGAGAGGCCUUUUUACCAACUGCUGUUAAGGGCGAGUGAUGGGUUAAACAAUGAGACCACAGGGGUGGAAAUCAAGGUGGCAGAUAUUCAAAACAGUCCGCCGGAAUUUCUGGACUCGCUGACUGGUGUGGUACGCGAGGAUGCUCCAAUUGGUACCCUGGUUAUGACCGUCAAAGCUAGGGACGGCGACAGAGGAAUGCCUAGGAAGAUGAUCUACGAAUUGGUCAACAAUCCAUUCGAUUAUUUUCUCCUGGAUGAUGAGACAGGAGAAUUAAGGACGGCGAAACCUCUGAACAGAGAAGCAUUGAAGGAUUCAACAGGGGUACUAAAAUUGAAAGUGAAAGCACGUGAAUUGAUCGACGGUAUUCCGGGUAAUGACAAUUUAACAGUGUCAACGGCCGAGGCAACGGUGACAAUAAAAGAUGUCAACGACGAACCGCCUACUUUUAAUCAUCGCGAGUACAAUAUAGAAAUUCCAGAGAAUGUUAUGAAUGGCACACCUCUACCUAAUCUGGACAUGACUGUCAGGGACCCUGAUAUUGGCUUGAACUCUGUAUUUUCUUUACGUCUAGAGGAUAUUACUGAUGGUGCGUUCACCAUUGAACCAACCAUAGCUACAGGAAGCACAUCUGUAAACAUUCGGGUUGCAAAUGGCUCUCUCGAUUACGAGAAUCCUAAUCAACGUAAAUUCAUCAUUCUUGUUGUCGCUGAAGAGGUCCAUACUAACCCAAAACUUUCAUCCACCGCGACUGUAACCAUCUCCAUUACAGAUGUAAAUGAUAAUUCACCCACAUUCAGCAGUCCCACGUAUACGGCUAUUGUUUCAGAGACUGCGACCCCAGGAGUGCCAAUUAUACCAAUUACCGCUAAAGAUAGGGACAGUGGACGAUUCGGUACAGCUGGGAUAGCGUAUCAAUUACUUGGGCAAGGUGCUCAACAUUUUUCUGUAGACAGGAAGACUGGCAUGAUCACUGUGGCUCCUUGUCCAACUCCUGGGACGUCACCUUGCCUGGAUUACGAGGAGCAGACAGAGUAUUUUCUCACCUAUAAGGCAACUGAUGACGAUGGACAAGGGCAAACAGCAAGCGUUUCGUUGCGCAUUCAUUUAUUAGACGCCAACGAUAGCCCUCCACGGUUUUUACAAGAUAAAUAUCGGGCUGUUAUCGACGAAGGGGCUGAUAAAUUCGAACCAGAAUUAAUAGUGCGAGCCCGAGACAAGGACAAAACUUCGAAAAUUUCCUACGCGAUAGUAGGUGGCAAUGAAUUAGGUUUCUUUGCGAUUGACCAGGAUUCUGGUGAGAUUACCGUGAAAAGCAAGGGUCUGCUGAAUUUAAUAAAUUCGACCAAUGAUUGGAUUGCACUCGAUGUACAAGCAAACGAUGGGAUAUUCGUUGACACCACUAUCGUUAACAUUACCAUCCGUGAUGUCAAUAACAAUGCACCAGUCUUUCCACACGACCUGUACACUGCUAGUAUACCUGAAAUAUCACCGAUUGGUACGGUAGUGGAGGAGGUGACAGCCACGGAUGCUGACACUGGGAUCAACGCAGAACUUAUUUACAGAAUACAAAAGGGAGCCUUUGAUGACUUUACAAUUAAUGAAACCACAGGGGUCGUAACUGUGUUCAGAAAAUUAGACUAUGACAAUAAGAAUACUUAUCAUAUAGAAGUUAUAGCGCUUGAUAAAGGAACCCCCAGUUUAACCGGGACAACGACACUAAUGAUAAACGUGGAGAACAGCAACGACAAGGCGCCAUAUUUUACUCCUGAGACUCAGAGAGCUGAGGUGACAGAGGACACUCCAAUUGGUACUGUAUUUACAACAUUGAAAGCCACAGAUCCAGACAGUGCUAGUUUGGAAGCAUUGAACUUCGCCAUUUCUGAACCGAUCACAGCAAUUGAUAGAAAUGGCCAACGUGUUAACGACAGCAAAUCUUUCAAGGAUUUCUUUGCCGUUGAUCGUGCGACUGGUCAAGUUUCCGUUGUCAGACCCCUGGAUCGUGACGCUGCAGCAACGAUAAGCAUCACUAUCGUUGUCAGCGACACAACAGCGCCCACCUUACAGCAAGGAAGAGGUACUCUGGUGGUUACCAUCAUCGACGUGAACCACUUGGCGCCAGAAUUCUUGAAACCAUGGACCAGAGAGAAUCCACGGUAUUUGAUAGAAAUGCAAGAGGAACAGCCAACGGGAGCUGUCGUAGGAGCAUUCACAGCAGUGGAUGCGGACAACAACAUAGCAGGAUACGCAAUUGUUCCACCAAGUCCAUACUUCACCAUAGACAAUGUCACAGGUAUCGUGAGGACCAGUCAGGUUAUAGAUUAUGAAGAGACAAAGCAACUGGAGUUCAAUGUGGUCGCCUAUGAUUCCGGGGUUCCCCAGUUGUCAGCGACAGCGAAAGUGACAAUCACCGUAAUAAACGUAAACGACGAGAACCCGAGAUUCGAGAAGGAAUUGUACAACGCAUCCGUGGAAGAAAAUUCACCAGCCGGCACCCACGUGAUCACGGUUAAAGCGACGGACGGGGACGAAGGACCGUUCGGCGUGGUUAAUUACAGUCUGAUCGGCGACCACGCGGCUGACUUCAACAUCGGCCACGAUACUGGUGAGAUCACCGUGGGCAGCGCGACCGUAUUGGACAGGGAGAUGACGUCGAAGAUUACCAUCACUGUAUUGGCAAGCGACGGUGCCCCCAUCAAUUCCUGUCGAAGCAGCACGGUUCCUGUGGUUGUAAAGCUAAUAGACGUUAACGACAAUCGACCGAUAUUUACCCAACACCGUUACAGAGCAUCGGUUGCCGAGAAUUUGUCUGUGAAUCCACCGGCGCCGAUUUUACAGGUUAGAGCUGUGGAUCACGACGAAGGGAUCAAUGGAGAAGUAUGGUACACGAUAAUGGGCGGUAACGAGAACGAGUCGUUCUCUUUGAACCACGAAACGGGUAUCCUGUACCCUGGCGCGGCUCUUCUCGGAAGGGCUGGCUCUUACACGAUAAAUAUAGAGGCGAGGGACGGUGCUGGCCGUGGUCCACACUCGGACAAGUGUUACGUCGACAUCAGGGUGACACCGGUCAAUCAGCACAAACCUCAAUUUGUUCUACCUGAAUUAACGAACGCCACCGUUGAAGUGCCCGAAAACACUGGGGUAUCAAAUUAUUUAAUAUUAACGGUGAAAGCGAUCGACAGAGAUCCUGGUGAAAAUGGUCGCAUAAGUUAUCACCUGAAAGUGGGGAACAGGAAUGUUCAAGAGACGGAAGAAUUCUCCAUAGACCAAGAGACGGGCGAACUGAGAUCAAAGAUCAUUCUUGAUCGCGAAGCGAAGAGUAAAUUCGAGCUGGUACUUGUGGCUGCCGAUCAUGGCACCCCAACAGCGUAUGAAACCUUAAGGCUACUCACUAUACAGUUGGUUGAUACCAACGACAACGCGCCACUGUUCUACGACGAGUAUCAUUUCCACGUGUCUGAAAAUCGUCCUAAAGACUACUUUAUAGGAAAAGUAACCGCGGAAGACAAGGACGAGGGCAGGCACGCCAAAGUUUAUUACUACAUAGAAGCUGGAAACGAAGAUUACGCUUUUUAUCUGGACAAAUCCGACGGCAGUAUUUACGCGAACAAGUCGUUCAAUCGCGAAGUUCGCGACAAAUACGUUCUGUUAAUUUUAGCCUCGAAUGAUCCUAAUAUUUACAUCAAUGCUGCAGACGCAGGACGUUCGAUGGCCCACAGCACAGACCACGGGCACGCAAACGUGACCAUAACUAUUCUAGACGAGAACGAUAACCCACCGAUAUUCGAACGUAACGACUACUACGCGGGGAUUAAUUCAAUGGCGAACAUCAAUGAUUUCGUAACGAAAGUGACCGCCUCCGAUUUGGACGUCGGCGACAACGGCACCCUUCAUUAUUACAUUGCCAGUGCUAAUCUUUAUAAAUACGGUUCGGAUAAACCGAGUGGUUCUAUUGUUCCGAGUCCGUUUAACGUCACCCAGGAUGGUAAAAUUCUGACAAGUGGAUACAUGGCGGAGUACAAUCAGCACAGGUUUAUCGUUGAAGUUAUAGCAAAGGAAAUAGUCAUUCCAGAACGAUACGCUAUGACUAGGGUUCAUGUCUGGGUAUUUGAACCCACACAAUUAAUAAGGGUGAUCCUGUCACGACCCCCCGAAGAAGUAAACCGCGAACGUGACGAGUUUGUAUCAGAACUGUCGAACGCGACUCAGAGCAGAGUAGUCGUUGAUGAUAUACGGUACCACGUAGAUGCUUCUGGUCAUAUUCGAAGAGAAUGGUGUGAUAUGUAUUUACACGUUGUGGAACCAAGGACCAAUACUAUAGCUCCUGUACCCCAGGUGCUCAAAGUCAUAGAUGCAAAGUAUGAUUUCUUGAAGGACUAUUAUGCAGGCUUUGCUAUAGAAAAUGUGGUGCCUGCGUAUGCUGGAGUACAAGAGGAAUCAUUCGACCCUGCCCUUGCAGCUUUAAUAGCUUUACUGGUGGUGUUGCUAGUCGGUGCAGUCACAGUAACAGUAGUCUGUUGCUGUUUGCGUCAUUGGGUGAUCACUGUACCAAACGAUAUAAGAAAGAAAGAUGGUCUGAUAAAGAAGCAAAUCAUCGACGAGUUGAACACCACAGAGAAUCCUUUAUGGAUUGAACAGAAACUUAAACUAUACGAGGAGCAAGAGUUAACGAUGCAAGUAUUCAGCGAGCCUGAAGGUGGACUAGGUACAGAAAGACGUGGAAGCGGUGUGAGCGUUGGUAUAGGCGACACGUCUCAGGAUAAUACUUAUGCCACCAUACAGCGUCCACUGCCAACGAACAGGCAUCGCCCAACGACACCAGAUUACACGACGCUUCCAGGAAACCAUAAUCUAUACGAAUCAGCGAUGGGUUUCCAAGGAUCAACAUUCCAGCCAUCAUCGAGCGUAAUACCUCAGCUUACCCUUGAUCGCGAUGGUCAACCCCAGUUUGUUUCAGGAUUAAUAUAAGUUAGGUCCUACGCCAAUUUCAUUUCUCAAUUAGUAAUAUAUUUUUGUUAUCAUACGUUGUGCCUGUUUAUCCGCGGCUCUAACUACUGCACGCGUCUUCCCGAACAUAACACUUGUUACGUACACACUCUUUCUACGAUAAUUAGGUUUACCUUAGGUAGACCUGUGUACAAGGUGAAGUUAUUCUGAAUUGUGCGAAUUAACUUAUAUACUGGCUAUGUACCCUACGCUGAUUCAGUUUCGAUCCUCGAAUAAUCAAAAACCACACAACGUUACGACGAAAGACGGUCAAUAUUAUUGAAAUAAAUUGUAUCUCUCCCUGUAGGCGGUACGUGCAUGUAUCACACGUGUACACUUUCGUACAGCAUAGGUUUUUAACUAACAGAAGCCUGAGUUGUAUAAGGGUCGUACGUUCUGAAAACUGUGGUCUCAUCCAAUCAACUUUCCAUGCUCACUGUUAAGAAUAUCAAAAUUGGUAGAUAGACGACACUGUGAAAUAGUUUAACGAGCGAAGCUUGGCACGACAGAUAUAUGUAUAUAAAUGAUGAAUGUGUAGACUCCGUCCAGCGCAAGUUUUUUUAUUACCUCCUCGCUAGUUUAGUAUAUUUAUAAUAACUUAUGUACGUUUUACACGUGAAAGGAAGAGAACGUACUUUAAAAAAAAGAAAGAGGUGUCAUUUAUGUGAAGCACAAACGAAUCACUGGCAUAUCAUGGCAUUAACAUAACAAAAAUAUCGUAGCUGAAGAGCAAGUUGAUAAAUGUUAAAAGACAUUUAUAAUAAGAUUUAAAAAGAAAUGAAAGAAGAAGAAACAUUCGUCGUUAUAUGAAUUUAUGUAGAAUGAUUAAUUUUAAAAUGCAAAUUAUAUUUAUCUAAGUUAGGAUUAAAUUUUUGUCCAAUUGAUCUGUGAUUUCAUUAUACGUAGCGAUUAACUUCGAUUUCAGAUUUUUGUAGAAGAAAAAUCAUUGGCGAUGGGCGGAUAUAGUCAUAUUUAUAGCUAGUUAAACAGAGACAUUCGCAUCGAAUUUCGAUAUUAUGAAUAUACGGAUUUUUUGCGAGAUAAUCACAAAUACAUCUGAAUCGUCAUUGUUUGAACCGCCCUUAGCAAAAAUAGUAUGCGUGCAAUUGGAAUCUGUGAAAUUAGUUGCGAAUGGAUCUCAUUAAUAUGUCAUGUACUCGGAUAAAAAAAAAAAAAUAAUAUAACUACGAUCAUGUUAUGUCUAUGAGCAUUUAAUUCAAAAGAAAAAAAGAAAAAAAAGGAAAAAAUAAUAAUUAUAUUAAUCUCAUGAUAUUACUAGAUGGUUAUGAAUACUCUAGUUAGUAAAUAGUAUCGGUUUAUUGAUUAUAAAUUUAUUGUAACAUAUUUUAUGUAAACCAUUGAUAAAAAAUAUUCAUACGUCAACAUUCGUUACAUCUCACACCAUUAUGGAAAUAAAUAUUCAAACGUGUAACACGUUUCAUUCUA